GGUGACGUGUCCGCGCGGGCGGAAGCGGAAUCGGGGCCGUGCGAGCGGCGGCGGCGGCGGCGAUGAUGCUGUCGCUGGACUUUCUGGACGAUGUGCGGCGUAUGAACAAGCGGCAGCUGUACUACCAGGUGUUGAACUUCGGCAUGAUCGUGUCCUCCGCCCUCAUGAUCUGGAAGGGGCUCAUGGUGGUGACGGGCAGCGAGAGCCCUAUCGUGGUGGUGCUGAGUGGGAGUAUGGAGCCUGCUUUCCACAGAGGAGAUCUCCUGUUCCUCACGAACCGAAUUGAAGAUCCAAUCAGAGUGGGAGAAAUAGUCGUCUUUAGGAUAGAAGGAAGGGAAAUUCCUAUAGUCCAUCGCGUCCUGAAAAUCCAUGAGAAGCAAAACGGAGACAUCAAAUUUCUGACAAAGGGAGACAACAAUGCUGUAGAUGACAGAGGGCUCUACAAACAGGGGCAGCACUGGCUGGAGAAGAAGGACGUAGUAGGACGAGCGAGAGGAUUUGUGCCCUAUAUUGGAAUAGUGACUAUCUUAAUGAACGAUUAUCCAAAAUUUAAGUAUGCAGUCCUCUUUUUGCUGGGUUUAUUUGUGCUGGUCCAUCGAGAGUAGUCCCUUGCACUGAACUACGAGGUGAAGGUGCCAUGGAUUUUUCUAGACGAACGUUUUAAGUAGCUGAUGGUCUGAUGUGCCAGGAGAAAGAAGAAAACAUGCAUUUCAAAGCUUCUUGCCAGUUUGGGUUUGUUUUGGUUUUUACUGCGUAAGGGCGAAUGUUUGUCACAGUAUUUCCAAUGGUUUGUCAUAUUUUAGCCUUUUUAGUGAAUUUUUAUAUUAAAAGUUUGAGCCAAA